UUCUAGGGUUGCUCUUCAGCUCUACUGGUCUAGAUAUCCUUCUUUACACUGCUACCCCAUUGUCUUGAGUACCGUGGAUCUGUAGUGCAUUCAUUUUGAAGUCACGAUAUGCAUGAGCUUUAUAACCUUUCUUGAUUAUUUCAGCCACUUAGUCCUCUGAGAGUCAUUAUGAAUUUUAGCAUGAAUAUUUCUGUUUUUUCCAAACACUACUGAGGCUGGUACACACUUAUUCCAAUACUCAGGAGGCUAAGCCUGAAAGAUUGGGGUUUGAGGCCAGCAUGGAAGCAAGAUUCUGUCUCAAAGUAAAAAUUAAAAGGCAUGGAUGUGUAGGUCAACAUUUUCCUAGCAGGUACAACAAGGUUUGGAUCCUUAGAACUGCAAAUCAAAGCAAAGUGUUAUGCCUGGUAUCUUUGAGACUCAGGCUGUAGGUUACUUUGAGUCCUAUUAGUAUCUUAGUAUUAAGUCUUCAAUGUCUGGGACAUGGGGGUGGUAUACCUGCAUCUGAGUAUGCAGGUGUAAGUGUCUGUAUGCACACAGAGACUAAGAGGAGACAGGAUGUCAAGUGACCUUGAAAAACUGGGUCCCUUCCUUUUGUGGGUGGUGGCGAACACAGAAAGAGCUCCAUGAAGGCUUUGGGUGCACUUAAGGAGUACAAGGUGGUGGGGUGCUGCUUGUCCACUCUGAAGAGCCAUAUGCCACCACUAUACCAAAUGUGCAUCUUCACACCCAACCAUAUGGUGGCCAAGGCCCUUCUGGUGUUUCGAAUCUCCACUGAAGAAGAUGAAGUCAUCAAACACCUGUACAGUGGGCAGGUGUUUGAGAAGUCGCCACUGUGUGAGAAGAACUUCGAUAUCUGGCUAUGCUCUGACUCCUGCAUCUUGUACCAUGGAUACUGGGACCCGAUCAUGGCUGGCAUCGUCACACAGUGCUACCAAGACAUGGGUGCCCGGCAAAGUGUCCAUGAGCACUCCAUCCAGAUCAUGAAGGUGGAAGAGAUUGAAGAGGGCAAGUGCUGCCUGCUGGCCAUCAAGCAGUUCCUCAACUUCAAGAUCAAAUUCCUGUUGCCUCACCUCGUUUUGUGGCUCCAGCGCAAGCUGUGUUUCCCCAUCAAGAGGCUCAACACCCAGAGACCCCCAGAGAGUCGAAGAAGAUGAGGAAGAGAUAAAAGGAGAGAAGGAGGAAGAGGAGGAUGAGGAAGAAAGGGAA